GUCCCCGGCAUGGCCGAGGAGGGCCGCUGGUUUCACUACGUGGUGGUGACCAAGGCCCGCACCUACGCUGGCGCCCAGUGGCACUGCCGGGAGGUCCUGCGGGGGCAGCUGGCCUCGGUGCACAGCGCCGCACGCAACCAGCAGCUGCUGAACCUGGCGCGCACCUACACCCACCGCCGCAAGUUCUGGAUCGGGGCCGUCACCGGCCGCUGGGGGGGGAAGUGGGGGUCACAUUGGGAGGACGCCAGCCCCUGGAACUAUGCCAACUGGGCGCCCACCUACCCCCACCGCCUCUUCACCACCUGCACCACUCUCAGCGCCCGUGAUGGGCUCUGGAGAAGCAAGCUCUGCUCCCAGCUGCACCCCUUCAUCUGCCAGUACUGAGGGCACCCAGGGGUGCUGCCAUGGCACCACU